AUGCCCAACAAGACGGACCAAGUUGGUCGUGUUAGCAGUAAAGAUAUAUUCAAACCUAGUUCCAUUGCAGGCAGCGGGGCAGCACUGUUAUGGACGUGGCAGACUUGCACAGAAUUUGGAUAUUUCCAAUCAUCAGAUACGGGCUAUAGCAUAUUUGGAAGUCCUACACCAGUAAAUCUAUUCACUCGCAUGUGCAUUGAUUUAUUCGGCGAAGAUUACACUGCAGCAGUAAUUCAAAGAAGCAUCGAUAAAAUCAAUUAUCGCUACGGUGGCAGAGACUUUUACAAUAGUACGAAUGUGGUAAUACCGAAUGGUUCGAUAGAUCCAUGGCAUGCACUUGGAAAACUCACGCCUAGUAACCCUUCUAUGGUUUCUUAUUUGAUUAAUGGUACUGCCCAUUGCGCAGAAAUGUAUCCGCCAAGAGACCAAGAUUUACCAGAUCUAGUUAAUGCUCGAAACGUCAUAAAAGAGAAUAUUGGCAAAUGGCUAUCAUCAGUACCAACGUCAACAGCUGCAUCGCCAACAACUCCAAGA